UCUUGCAAUGGCAUAACCAGAUGUUGACUCAUGCACACCUACCAAAAUUUUUAUUUAGUUUAUCUCUAUACGUCUCUGUUCUAUGGUGUAAAACAAAGAUGUCACGUCAACAGGGUGAAGUUGACGAGUUGUUCGAUGUAAAAAAUUCAUUUUAUAUUGGAAAUUAUCAGCAGUGCAUUAAUGAAGCUCAGAAACUGAAGAAUGCAAGUGCUGCUGUUCAGUUGGAGAGGGAUGUGUUCAUGUACAGGGCUUACAUUGCCCAGAAGAAGUAUAGAGUUGUGCUGGAUGAAAUAACUGGAGUGUCACCAGACGAGCUGCAGCCUCUGAAACUCUUGGCAGAGUAUUUUGCAAUGCCUGCAAAAAGGAGCUCUAUUGUCUCAAAAUUAGAUCAACAGACAUCAGGAAAUGUCGAUGUUAGUAAUCAUACAUUCCUGAUUGUGGCUGCAACUAUCUAUUACCAGGAGGGGAACUUCGAAUCUGCAUUGCGCAUUCUGAAUCAAUCUGACCAUCUAGAAUGCUCAGCCCUAACUCUGCAGACGUACCUGAAAAUGAGUCGUGUUGAUCUAGCAUUGAAGGAGUUGAAAUCUAUGCAGGAGAGAGAUGACGAUGCUACCCUGACCCAGCUUGCUCAGGCAUGGCUCAAUAUAACCAUGGGCGGGGAGAAGCUGCAGGACGCCUACUACAUCUUCCAGGAGAUGACGGACAAGCACACGGGCACCCCGCUGCUGCUCAACGGGCAGGCGGUGUCCUUCCUGGGGCAGGCCCGGUACGAGGAGGUGGAGGCCGCCCUGCAGGAGGCCCUGGACAAGGACAGCAACAACCCGGACACGCUCGUCAACAUGAUCGUGCUGUCGCAGCACCUCGGCAAGCCUCCGGAGGUAUCCAAUCGAUUCCUGAGCCAGUUAAAGGAAUCUAAUAGUGACCACCCCUUUGUGAAGGAAUACCUGCAGAAAGAAAGUGAAUUUGAACGUUUAACAAAAUUGUACAGCCCAUCUUGUGUUGGAGAAGUGCAGUAAAUGUAAAAAAAAAAAAAAAAACUUUGUAUUUUAGAAAUGUUUCAAAUUGAAUAAAUUAUAAUUUAAUUUAUCAGA